CUGCAUAAUAUAUAUACCACAAACCUCCAGAUGCAUGCACAAUUGAAUGUGUGUUGUCGGUAGGACAGAACGAGCUUUGAACGUUAGUAAUCAAUGACGCUGUACUAUUAAAGAAUUCACCAUGUCGUAAAAUUAUAUCGCCUAGCCUCUCUGAUAAUUGUGGAUGCAGUACAUUAUAUAGCAUACGAAAUUGUCUACCCGAGGAAGCAUACAUUCGUCUGAUCAACAGAUUCUGGAUAAUAUUCAAGAAACAGUUGUGACAACUUAACAUGACAAGACAAAGCAUGUACGACCAACGACCAGAUUACCGAAUACUUUUCACCGUCUGUAUCAUCGCUGCAAACGUCAUCGUUACUCCAACGUUGGCUCAAUUUAAAACACCACGGGCAGCACGGUUUGACUCUAAUGCUUUGUGGAAGGGAACACCUGAGGUGAGGUUCAACAACAACAACAAUUGGGUCGUCAUAUGCGCAGACUCGCGAUGGAAUAUAGAAGUAGCAAGAGCAGUAUGUUACCAUCGAGGAUUCGGCGGAGUUAUGCUGAUGGGCACCAAUACGUUAAAUUACCCGGUCGAACACGCAUCGUGUACUCCCGAUUAUUCUUCCACGCCUCCUCUCUACUGCCAAGAGAUUUCCACCAGAUCGUGCUCUGAAGUACUGAUGAUUUCAUGUUUUUUACCAGGUUAUCAGGGCUGUUAUGGGAACACGAACUCCAACCCGUACUUUAGCAUCACCCCUCCUCAACCGUUCGAUCAGACCCUCCAGGACUGCGCUCGAGAUUGCUACUCCCGGGGUUACGAGUUCGCCGGUGUGUCUGGCCAGAGAUGUUCUUGUGAUAAUACCAACGAACCCGCGGAAGGGGAUGAGCUUGGUCCCGCAGCCUGUCAGACUGCCUGUCUGGGAGAUAGCGACCAGGUCUGUGGAGGCAACAAUGCCAUUAGCGUUUAUGAUGCUUCCCUGGGUCAGUGUGGAUUAGAGCGUGUGAUUGAAGAUGGAGACUCGGGAUACUUCACAUCUAAGGGUUUUCCAAGUAAAUACCUGUCCGAUUCUGACUGCCAACAUGAGUUGAUCGUCAACCUGACCUCAUCAUAUCUCGAGAUUUAUAUCAAUUACCUGUUGGGUGACAACGACGUGCUCGAGUUAUAUUUCGACUCUGACAACAUAACGCUAAGAGGGGGCAGUGGCUUGGAGUCAGCCUACAUAUGGUACCCCGAGUUUGGUUCUAUAGUUAGUGUCCAUUUCCAGGCGCAAGCUCCGACCACUGGGGGCUUCUUCAUCAUCUAUUUCAAUGCAGAGUUGAACGAGACUACUGACUACAGUUCAAGUUCAAGUUCAAGCUACGACACACCUCCCCCUAGUCCACCUUCAGAGUCUACGACGACCACUGCCAGUCCACCUUCUAACAACAAUCUUGCGUUGUACAUAGGAGUCGGAGUGGCAGCUGCAGUCGUUAUCAUUUUGUUCAUAGCGCUAUUGAGUGUUUUCAUAACGGCAAGAAGAAAUAGAUCUAAACCUGCUGCAGGAGGUCACGUGGACGUUAACUCCGCUACAAACGUGGCGUACAACAUGGACAACGACAACGUAAAGGUUAACAGUGGUAAUACACCUGGCACACACUCGACUGAAGAUACACACAGAUACGCCACCAUUGACGGCGACGGCGGUUACUAUUACGCACCUACCAAUGGCCCGCAACCGCCAUUGCCACAAGCACGUGAUGGAGCCGCACCAGCCAAUCAGGAGGCGCAGUAUGAAGAGCUGCCGGGCGACACUGCAGGAACUCCAUACCAGUCGUUAACAAAAACAGACGCACAAGCAUAUCAGGAACUGAGCAAGGAAGAAGCGCCUUCAUAUACCACACUCAAUCCCCCUGCUAAUAAUGAAUACAUGGAGCCGAUAUAAAUAGUUUGUUUAACUCCAAAUUAAUAAAACAAAUACAACAGAGCAAUAACAUUUAUAUCUCUGUCAAUGAUUUUACGUAUGUUUUUGUACAUCUCAAUAU